UUUCGCAAGAUAAGCUCCAGCCUACGCAAGGAAAAGAAAACGCACCACGCAAAACUCCAUCCACACCCCAAUCUCUCUAAAUCAUCAAUGACAUUCUCUUGCGCGCCGACUUUGAAAAGAACCAGGGAUGACUAUGAAGGGAUGAGCUUAGACAUGGCGAAAUGCCUGAUGCUUCUCUCCCACGGGAUCAACACAAACCCUAAACGAGCCACCGUGCAUCAUGACGAAGACAACUUCGAGUGCAAGACGUGCAAUCGCCGGUUCUCUUCGUUCCAGGCGCUCGGCGGCCACCGGGCGAGCCACAAGAAGCCAAAGCUGCCCGAGACAAAGCCAGAAGACUGCACCAAGUUGGCGCUGGGCUCAGCGGUGAAGCCCAAGAUGCACGAGUGCUCGAUAUGUGGGAUGAAGUUCUCGUUGGGGCAAGCCUUGGGAGGCCACAUGAGGAGGCACAGGGCCGAAUUGAUGAGCGGGAACAUGGUGAAGAUGGACGAGUUUUUCACGGUUGGUUCAACGAUCCCAGUGUUGAAGAGGUCGAAUAGCAGCAAUAAGAGGGUUAUGGGCCUGGACUUGAACUUGACUCCUCUUGAGAAUGACCUCAAGUUCUUGUUCGGCAAGAUGGCUCCGAAGAUAGAUCCCAUGCUCCUGUAAUUAUAAUUCCUUGUUCUCACGUUGUUUUCACGAGGAGAUUUACUUUAGGUUGAUUAUUUGUUCAUUCAUUUGUUGUACAAAAAGAAACUCCCAUGUGGACUGACUGGGUUUAGGGGCUUUUGUAAUUCAUCCAAGAUUUCAAGUCCAAUCAUUCUUUUAUCUCUUUUUUGCUGUUUUA